AUGAUCGGCUACGCUGCUUUGGCCUUUACUUGGCUAGCUUGUCCAGCCACAGCCAGCUAUGCCUUCUACGUCGGCAAGAACCUCACCCAAGACGGCAGCGUCAUAGUCGGUGGCACUGGUGAAGAGGUUUCCAGCCAUUGGCUUCAACUCUUCCCGGCUCGUGAUCACCCAACAAAUUCGACUAUCACUGUCGGCGUCACCAAAGAUGCUACCUUCCCUGGAGAGCUCAUUCAGAUACCUCAGGUGAACCACACAUUCCGAUAUAUGAGCAUGGAGUACUCCGACUUUGAGGGCUUCCCUGCACCAUUGACGAAUGGUGGUCUGAAUGAGAAGGGUGUUACUGUACGCGAUGUUUGGGCCGACAAUCGUGAUGAGCUUCUUGAGAUGACCCCUAAUCCUCAACGCGGUGUCCAGUACAGUGAUUUCGCACGAAUAGUCAUGGAGAGAGCCAGCAAUGCUCGCGAGGGCGUUGAGAUCAUCGGUGAUUUGAUAGUUAAAUACGGCGAAGCUACGUAUGGUGGGAACUCUCAUCUCAUUGCCGACAAGGAUGAGGGAUGGGUUGUUUGGGAAAUGGCUGGAGGUCAAAAACUCUGGGCUGCUCAGCGUCUUGGACCAAACGAUGUUAAAGUCCUUUACCCCGGUUACAUCGAAGACUUUCCUAUCGACUUUAAAGACAGCCCCGACUAUGCUGGAUCUGAUAACAUUGUGUCAUUCGCCGUUGAGCAAGGCUGGUGGAAUAAGACCUCGGGCAAGCCUUUCAACAUCUUUGAUGUCUAUGGUCCCCAGGAUCCUCGCUACAAGGCCCGCGAUGGAGGAUACAAGUUCAUGUCUCAGGCGGCCUUGGAGAACGCUGCUCUUGAGAUGGUUCCCUUGACAGAGGACAAGAUGAUGCAGAGAGUGCGCGACCCUCGAAUUGCUGAUGACGAGGCUGGAUACGGUCAAGUCGUCAGCCUCCAUGAUGGGAUUGACCGAGACAUGUUGCGAAUCUGGAAUGCCCCGGCCACUUCCGUUGCAGCACCCUUCGUCCCAUGGUGGCUCGGCGUCCAAUCUGUUCCUCCCGAGUUCGGUGAACACCGUUACCUGACGACUGGAGCAUCCAGUAGCUUCCUCAACCCUGAUUAUCAACUCCAAGAAGCCUCCGAGUUUGCCGGUCGAAUCUUUAAGCGCGUGCUAUACUACAUGUGUUCAGAGCCCAACAAGUACCACCCCAUUGUAACAGAAAUGUUUGAACAAUUUGAGAGUGCGUCUCGCGCCCAAGUUGAGGGCUGGGUUGAAAAGACGGCAUUGACUAUGAUUAAGCAGGGUGAGAGAAAGGCAGCCCAGAGUCUGUUGACCUACUACUCUCAUACACGCGCUGCUGAGGCACUUGAGGUUGGACAUACUUUAAACAAUGCUAUGGAUGGGUACAUCAAGUUGACCGGUAAAUGGCGUUGGCCCAAGGGAGAUCAAAUCAAUGACAGUGGUGAGGGUAACGAGACUGUUAAUUGUCUUGUUGGAUUUGAUCCUGAUAAGCCUAGAUACUUGCAGGAAAACUGA